AUGAGAGCAGUGGUCGAACUUCAACGUAAAUUGGCAGAUAUGGGACUCUUGUUCUCGCAGCAAGGUGCAGGCCAAGGUCCAGUACUUCUCUCUCCAGGAAUCCACAGUUUCCCUUUCAAGUUAGGGUUACCCCUUGGACUACCAUCCACUUUCUUAGGCAAACAUGGUUGGGUCCAGUACUUCUGUAAAGCAGCACUGCGUGAAGCUAAUGGUUUGACUCACAAGAACCAGCAAGUUUUCAUAGUCAUGAAUCCAAUAGAUUUAAAUUUGGAGCCCCCUGUUAUCACUCAACCUCUUCACUGUGAGAUAGAGCACAGUCUUGGUGUGAACUGCUUACAUGCAGGGACGGUCUUGUGCAGAGUAUCAUUGGACAGAGGAGGAUAUGUUCCUGGUGAAACAAUAGGGAUAACAGCAACUGUAUACAACAAAAGCAAUGUUACUUUAAAAUCUACCAAGGCUUCCCUUACAGAGACUAUCCAGUAUUUGGCAAGGCACAAAGUGGUCCAAUCAGAGACAAGGGAAUUAGCAACUUUAAGCAGAGGAAAAAUACGACCAGGAGAAAAAGAUGAGUGGACUAACGAACAUUUAUAUGUUCCACCACUUCCCCCAACCAAUCUUCGAGGAUGUCAUCUGAUAAAAAUUCAAUAUGAUGUUUACUUUAUUGUUAUUCCAAAAAGCUUUGAGAAGGAAAUUAAGCUGCGACUACCAAUAAUGCUGGCCACUUAUCCUCUGCGGUCACCAGAAGGUUCAUUACGUCACAAGCUUGGAACACACUAUCCAUCAACACUUCCAAUAUUUCGACCUUGGUUGGAAGAGAAACCCAUAACAUAACAAUUGAACUUGGACUGAAUGUCAACUCUGAAUUAUCAACUUACUAAUAGCAACUGUGAAGAAUAUAUUCACAUGCCCUCUCACUAAGUUAAUGUAAAAAUGAUGGGA